AAUGUCAUCAUCAGUUUUCUACUAGUUUGGCUUUCCCACUAAGCAAGUGUAGGAGGCAGGUGGUUUUAUAAAAUUUUAAUUUUUUGGACAGCUUUCUUAGUGCUUUUAAAUAAUGACCAUAUUUGUUUUGAAAGUUUGUGAAAUUAAAGAGUUUUAAUAAUUGUGAGUAGUUUAGUAUCGAUAUAAGACUGACGGUUUUUGCAAUAUGGAGUGUUGUUGAUUUCUAAGAAAUGUGAUUAUGUGAAAUCGAGUUGUUUAUUGGAAGAGUACCAGCUUGACAUUUUGAUGUCUUUCAAACUAUAAACAUGAAAAAUGUGUGGCCAAUCCUUCUUUUACUCAUCUAUCUAAAACCAUCAACAAGUCUCAAAUGCAACCGCGAAGAUAAAAAAUGUCUGUGUCUUCCAGGGGCAGAAUUCGAAUUUCAAUGCCCCUCCAGUUUCGAAGAUGGGAAUACUCCAGAUUACGUCAUUCAUGUAAAAGGGGAGAAGGAGAUUUUAAUCGAUUGUUCUCUCAGUAUGACGGAAUUUAAAAUCACUUUACUUCCUAAUGUCACCAUUGAGAGAGUUGAAAAAUUUCGAAUGAGAUUUUGUCCAUUACCUCCCAGAAACUUCAAAGAGGUGUUAGACUGGUUUGGGAUUAAAGAAGUCAAAAUUUUGCAAUACUCAAAUUACGAAUUGCCCAAUACGACUUUAUCUAAAGACUAUUUUGAGGGACUUGAAGAUCUUGAAAGUUUAUCAUUGGAGAAUAACGGAUUAAUAGAAGUCGAAGAGGAUAUUUUUGCAAAUACUCCAAAAUUGAGAUCACUCGAAUUGCAAGUGAAUAAACUCAAACUUAAGACAAAUUUGUUUAAAAGUACACCGCUAUUAAAGUCUUUGGAUAUUUCUCAAAACGACUUGAAUUACCUUCCUCAAAAUUUAUUUCAAAAUCUUGAAAACUUGGAGCUGUUACAUGUCUGGGGUAACAAAAUUCAACAAAUUGAUGAUUUAACUUUUAACGGUUUGAAAAAUAUAAAAUCGCUGGAGUUAAGUGCAAACAAAAUUGAAAGAAUCUCUGAAAAUGCUUUAAAAAAUUUAAACAAUUUAGUACGAAUUAAUUUAUCAAUGAAUAAAUUGCAAUCAGUACCUGGGGAUCUCUUUAGCCAUAAUCAAGAAUUAAAAUUAGUUAUAAUGAAAAUGAAUGAAGGCAUAAGGCUUCCGAAUUACCUGUUUUCGAACAUCUCCUUACUUGAAGAAGUUGAUUUGAGCGAUUGUAAAUUGGAAGACAUUUCUUCCGAUAUUUUCAAGAAUUCUCUAAACUUGAAAACAAUUAAAUUGAGUCAAAACAGAUUGAAGUUUAUAUCGGAGGGACUUUUUCAAGGACUGAAAAAUUUGGAAGAGAUUUAUUUGAACCAAAACAAUAUUGAGACAAUUAACAACGUUUUUAAGUCACUUGAACGACUCAAAGUUUUGUCGCUUGAAGAUAAUCAAAUCAUGGAAAUUAAAAAACAAACAUUCGAAGAUUUGAUAAGUUUGGAGAAGAUUAAUUUGCGAAACAAUCACAUUACUAAGAUUAAUAACCGUUCAUUUUACAAUAACAACAAUUUAAAAACGAUUGAUUUGUCCCAUAAUAAUAUUUCGGAAGAGUACAGUUCACAAACGUGCCUUUUGGAAAAUGUCCACAACGCUGAAACUAUUGAYUUAAGUCACAACUUAAUUAGACGAAUCGAAGACGUGGUCACGAUGUACAACAAAGUCAAUUUAAARUCUUUGGAUUUGAGUUACAACCGCAUACAAAUAAUACACUUGAAAGAUCUUCAGCCUUUGGCUAAAAAGCUAAUUAUCAAGCUGGACCACAAUGAUAUAAGAACGGUUGAUUUCAAUUACCUCGAAAUGAUUAUUACAARUACAAAACYCCGAGAUGCUUUAUCUAAUCCUGAUCCGUCGUAUUCUGUCAUCGAUUUGAAUCAUAAUCCUUUAAAUUGUGACUGUUACAAUUUUGAUUUAGUGAGAUAUAUCACAAAUGAGCUUAGGCCGGAAAUUAAAGUAAUGUUUGAUUUGAAAAUGGAAGAAUUAAAAUGUGCAAGUCCACCGCCACUUGAAAACUUUUCGAUUGAGUCAUUGCCAAUAAAACUGCUCAUUUGUCCAGUUGUAAAAGGAUGUCCGGAGGAGUGUUUGUGUAGUCAAAGACCCUAUGAUCGAUCUAUGAUAAUAUAUUGCGCGAAUAAAAAUUUGACUCGAUAUCCUCAAGUAAAUUUGAGUGAGUUUGCAACGAUUGAAUUUGAUCAAACUGAAAUGCAUCUCGAGGGUAACUUUUUAAAUACUGGACCUGAUAAUAAUUUGACUGAUUAUGACAAUAUAACGGAGCUUUAUCUUUCGUCUAAUGAAAUUGAAACGAUUUCGUGGAUGCCACCAAAACUAAGGGUUUUGAAAUUGGAUAAUAACCGAAUCAGUUAUAUCAACUCCAAASUUUUAAGCACAUUGAAUGAGUCACAUUUGCACAAUUUGACUUUGUUUAAUAAUCCAUGGAAGUGCGAUUGCAACGCAGCAAAUUUUACCAAUUUUCUACGCCAAAAUACCAAAAUUGUGGAUGCAAGACACAUUUAUUGUUUCAACAGCACAAACCGUUUAAUUGAGUUAAACCGGACUGACCUUUGUGACGAGUGGCAAGUCGUCUAUCUCGCCUUCAUAGUCCUGACAGUGCUCUUCUUUAUUGCCUUUGCUUUUGCACUCUAUUACCGCUACCAGCAGGAGAUAAAAGUCUGGCUCUUUGCUCACAAUUUGUGUUUGUGGUGGGUCACAGAGGAGGAGCUUGACAAGGACAAAAUCUACGAUGCUUUCAUCAGCUACUCGCACAAAGAUGAAGAUUUCGUCACUGAAAACCUUCUUCCGGUUCUUGAAGGUGGUCCUCAACCUUACAAACUCUGUCUUCACUAUCGUAAUUGGAUCCCUGGAGAAUUUAUUACAACACAAGUGACAAAUUCGGUGCUCGAAUCGCGUCGGACAUUAGUGGUGCUUUCGCCGAACUUCCUUGAAAGUGUUUGGGGAAAAAUGGAGUUUCGGACUGCUCACACUCAAGCAAUGACGGAAGGACGUGYUCGGGUUAUUAUUGUUUUGUACGGAGAUGUCGAUGUGGAUUCUUUAGAUGAUGAACUYAAAACGUACUUAAAAACAAACACUUAUGUGAAGUGGGGCGAUCCCCACUUUUGGAAUAAGGUGAAAUAUGCUUUGCCACAUUCAAGAAGAAAUGGUGCAAAUAAUCAAAAAAUUGCAAAUGUUAUGAAUUGUAUUGACGAUAAAUUUAAGUUAGUUGCACCGGUUACGAAUAGUCCGGGUACUACUCCACCAGUUCUUGCACUAGAUCCAAAUAUGUUAAAACAUCCACUCAAUUUUGUAUCUAGUCAAGAAAUAGAUACUCCACCUGCUGAAGCAGGGACAUUGCUGGUAUCGACUGGUCUUUAAGACUGUGAUUUUGUUAUUAUGCUGUACAAAUUUAUUAAGAUAAGGUGCCAAAAUUUUGUAUGUAAAAUACGUACAAAUUAUGUUUUUCCAUUAUUGGAAUUUUUUAAUUGUCAUUAACACUUCGUACUGUUAAAUGCAAAUAAUAUGUUAGAAUUAUGAUAUAUUUUAUAAAUUUUUAUUGUUGUACUCUUUAAAAAUAUAGCCGUUUUCGUACA